AUGUUGGGUACUCUUGCAGCAAGCCUGCUGUCGCCGGAAGGACUGAUGCUGGUUGCCUUAGCCGGUCUGCUCUACUACUAUGUGGUGGUGCGUAGUGCACGCUAUUUUGCUGACCGUGGCGUAGCGUAUGUGCCACCGGUACCACUGCUCGGCAAUGGGGCGGACUUCAUCACGCGCAAGCGCCACAUCACCGACGUCCUCAGCGACAUGUACCACCGGUUCACCCAGCAUCGGUUCUUCGGCUACUUUGACUUUCUCUCCCCGAUCUACGUGGUGCGCGAUCUGGAACUGGUGAAGCAGAUCUGCAUCAAGGACUUUGACCACUUCAUCAACCACCGGAUCCAGCUGGACGAGAACCACGAUCCGCUGUUCGGCCGUGCGCUGUUUGCGAUGCGCGACACGCGUUGGCGCAAUAUGCGCACCGUCCUCAGCCCGGCCUUUACCGGCAGCAAGAUGCGGCUAAUGUUUGGGCUGAUCACGAGCUACUGCGACGGUGCGGUGCGUACGAUCCGCUCCGAGAUGGGCAGCGAUGGAUGUGCGGAGCUGGAGAUGAAGGAACUCUUCCGACGGUUUGGGAACGAUAUCGUCGCGACGUGCGCGUUCGGCAUCGAGAUUAACUCGUUCCGCGACCGAACGAAUGCGUUCUACACGCUCGGCAAGGAGUUGACCAACCUGGAGGGUACGCAGGGCAUCAAGUUCCUUGCGUUCUCGUCCUUUCCGCGCGUGAUGCGUGCGUUGCGCUUGAGGCUGUUCAGCGAAAAGAUGACUAGCUUCUUCCGGCACGUCGUGAUGGAUACAAUUGCGCAGCGGGAACAGCGUGGCAUCGUGCGGCAUGAUAUGAUAAAUCUGCUCAUGCAGGCUCGCAAGCAGGAGCUACGGUUCGAUGAAAAUGACAACAUCGAGACGAGCAAUGGUGGUGCCGGGAGUCAGAAGCGAUUGAUGGACUGGACGGAUGAUGAUUUGACCGCGCAGUGCACGGUGUUCUUCUUCGGCGGGUACGAUACCGUCUCGACCCUAUCCGCCUUCAUGGCACACGAGCUCGCCGUCAAUCCGGACGUCCAGACCCGUCUGCGCGACGAGGUUGACAGCGUGCGCACCUCGAUCGGUGGCGCGGACAAGCUGACCUACGAAACGCUCCAAUCCAUGCGCUACAUGGACAUGGUGGCGAACGAAACGUUGCGCAAAUGGACGCCGGCCCCAUUCCUCGACCGCACCUGCACCAAACCGUACGUGCUGGAAGACUACAACGGCCACAAGGUGCAGCUGCAGAAGGGUGACGGACUGUGGGUACCGGCAGCGGCUAUCAUGCGCGACCCGCAACUGUUCCCCGAGCCCGACCGCUUCUGGCCGGAACGAUUUGCACCGGACAGUCAGAACCCGGUCGACACGUCCGCAAUACUUGCGUUCGGGCUGGGGCCGCGCAACUGCAUCGGGUCCCGGUUCGCGCUGAUGGAGGCGAAGGCCGUGUUCUUCUUUCUGCUGUCACAUUUCUUCCUGGAGGCGGGACCACGCACCCAGCACCCGAUCAAACUGAAGAAAGCUAGCCUGGGACCUUCGGCAGAGAAGGGCUUCUGGAUACGGUUCCGGCUGCGCGACCAGGGUCGUCAAUCCUAA